GGCCCCGCCGGGCGUGUUUUAGUAGGACCGGAAAAGACAGACGGACAUCAUUAUUGUAGGGGCGUUAGGACAAUUGCUAUAAGCGAUAGGACAGUAUAGAAGAUUUGUGUGGCUUUAGUUUGUAUGUUAUACAACGACGUCGAACAUGGAGCAGGAAAACGAAGACGUUACUGACCAACGUGCGCUCAUGUUUCUAACAGAUAUACCCUUGAGUUUAAACUCUGCUUUGAAGUGCCAUCUGAACAGUGAGCUAAAUUUAGAUUCAACAAACAAUAUAUCAGAAGAUUCUUUUAAUGAUUCUAUCAAUUCAACGAAUUCCUUUGAACAAGAAGCCAGGAAGGAUAAAACAGAUGAUUGGGCCGCCAGGUAUUUAAGGUUUCAAGGUUCAUACCACUACAAGCGCUCCGUUUCGAAUUACGAAAAGGCAUCUGGUAAUAAAGAAACCAGAAAAAGGCCCUUGAGUGGCGGCAACAUACUGAUGGGCAUUCCUUCCAGUUCAAGGCAGUGGCAAUCACACCGAAGUCAUCGAAAAAACUUUGUAACAAAACUGAAGAACGUUACAACCAAUAUGAUGUUGCAUAACAGAGUUCUGCUUGUCUCUCCACCACACAACAACCCAUGCGCGAUAUACUCUGUGAUACAGUAUGGAAAACACCUUCAAAAGUUAAAAGGUGCGAGCCAUGAAAGCAAGAACCAAAUCUUACCCCAGCAUGAUUACACAGAUCAUGGGAAAAUUACUUCUGGGUCAAAUAUUUUGCCUUCAGACAAGAAUGUGGUCUCUUAUAAACAUCUUCUUAGUCCAACUAUAUCUUUACCAGAAGGAGUGAACUUACAAAGCUCUGAAUGGACGUCUGGGAAACAUCGGGUAGUUCUUACUUUUAAAAGUCACUUGGUUAGUUUUAUCAAGUACACGAAACCCAGUGAUCUGAAGCGUGACCUAAACCUUAAGUUUAAAGAAGCUUUUCCUCAGGUUGCUGUUACCUUGUCUAAAGUUAGAUCAUUGGAGAGGCAAAUGCUAAGAACAGCGAAAAUAUUUGGACUUCAAACUGGGGUUCUUGCGUGCGCAAAGGCAUAUUUUGAAAGACUUUUGUUUAAUUAUAUGAUUAGCAAGUCCAAUCGUCAUCAUAUUGCUGCUGUGUGUUUACUUAUCUCUGCAAAAGUUCAUGGUGACUUAAUGAUGGGAUCUGUAGCUAAUUUACUCUCGUCACUAGAGCAUUCAUUCAAGACAAGCAAGUCGAAUUUGCUCCGGUUGGAAUUUUCAGUGUUUGCUGCCCUUGAUUUUUCCUUGGCAGCUCCAAUCGACAACGAAAGUUAAUGAACAAUCUAUGUGAAUGCUACUGUUGGAUUUUGAUAUGUUUAUUUUUAUUGUCAAGAGUUUAUGUCGUUGGGUAAUUUUGAAUCUACCUCAAGUAAUCACCCUUGAAACUUCACAAAACUAGGCAAUUGUGUUUUUGUUAUAAUUUCAUUUAUAUAUAUUUAUAACGAUGAUGUCCAGCUAUAAGUUGUUUGUUGUAUGUUUGGAUGCUGUAAUCCUUUUAUAUUAUUUUUUUAAUGACCCCCGCAAAAUGAAAAAAUAAUAAUUACCUUGAUUGCGUUGCUUUAACUUUAAAAGGGAUGAGACGAACGCUUCAUGGCAGAUUCUUUUUAUACAAACUUAUUAAUAAUCGGUAUUUUUAUGAUUUCAAAAUAGGAAUAGUUGGUUUAUAUGUCCUAACAAAUAACGUUUAUGGUCGUUUCGUUUGCUUUGAGCUUUUUAUAUUUUCAUAUUUGUAUUUGGCGCAUUU